GCGUCGCCACAGGAUCUCUCUCUUUCCGCUCCGUUGCUCUCUCUCUCUCCCUCUAGCUCUCUGCCUGACAGAAAUAUGGAGGAAAGAACUAAAAGAGGCGAGGGUCCUCGAGGCCCAGCCUUCACUAGAAUUCUGAUGCUCUGCGCGGGAGCUUUUGCCAUCGAAACUGCCUACAUGGUCGAGGAAGGAUAUGCUCUACCUGCCAUGCUUGCGACUGGACUGCCAGAGACCGUAGCCAGCGCUAUGUGGGCCGUGGGGCCUCUCCUCGGCCUCUUCUUUCAGGGCUACCUCGGUUCGGCGAGCGACCGGUGCACCUGUACGUGGGGGAAGAGAAGGCCUUUUAUCCUCGGCCUCGCCGUGUGUGCCUGUCUCGCUGCGCUACUGUUCCCCUACGGCUCCUUCCUGGCUGGGCCCGUCCUUCGACUCGACGAGACCAGCCGCGGCUUCUUUGUGAUGGUGUUCACGGCGUUUACUUUCGUCGCUAUGGACUUCUUUCUCGACGCACUACAGUCCCCGUUGCGGGCCUACCUUCACGAUUCGGUCUCGCCGGAGAGAAACGAGCGAGCCAACUACACCUUCACGGCUCUACUGUGUGCAGGAAAUAUGGCCGGCUCGCUCAUCGGUGGAGUUCCCUGGUCGAGCAUCGUCGCUAGACACCGGCAAAAGGCGCAAGGAGACGGUGGUGGAGGUUCGAGCAGGCAACUGGAGAUUGUUUACGGCAUAACUACGGUGGUUUUCGUGGCCUGCCUGUUUCUCUGUCUCAACAGCUUCAAUGAGAAGAACCCUUGGCUUCGGGAGAGCCCACAGGUGGAAAAAGACACGCCUUUCCAGCUCCCUCUCACAUCUCAGUCCGAGCCCGUUCUCUUGCAGUCUGGAAAAAACUUUGCCCGUCGACACAACAGCUUCACGUCACUCUCCACAUUGCAACAGACUUCGAUCCAAAUCGUGAACCAAGAAGACUUGAAUCGCCAACUAAAUCCACAGUCACAGCUAAAGAGCAACGGAAUUGUAAGGUGUAUAUCCCCGAUCCCUAGGGCAGCCCCCAUGUACAGGGCGGUGGUGGGAACAUUGCCGAAGACCUCAAAAAACGGUUGCGUAUCUCGUUUCGUCGGGGACGUUUACGACGAAAUCUGCUGCACGAUUCUCUUCUCAAAGUACACGUCUGCUCAUUUCUCCCGUCUCUGUUGGACCGUGUUUUUCAGCUGGGCCGCCUUUCUGUCGAUGCUGCUCUACUUCACAAGCUUCGUGGGCCAGGUGGUGUACGGUGGAUCUCCACACAGCCCGAGCGGAGAAACAGAGAGGGAGCUAUUCGACCGCGGAGUGCGAGUCGGUUUUCUUGUGAUGCUGGUUCAAGAUUUCGUGUCGGUUGGAAGUUCACUCUGUAUGAAGUGGGUGUCUGAUGUGGUGGGGAUUCGACGACUGCUGGUCGGUGUCCUGACGGGCUACACGGCCGUUUGUUUUCUUACGGCGUCGUGCCCGAAUCUUCUCAACGUUGUUCUGCUACAGGUGGUUGCAGGUCUGAUGUACUCUAACAUGCUGUCUCUCCCCUACACUCUUCUCUCCCAAUACGAGGAGGCUGGCAUUCUUCUCUCAAGGCCUUGGCCAGAGAGCAGUGACAUCACAGGAAAAGCAAUCUCGCUGCUCUGCAUGCAGAUGUUCUUUGCCCAGUUUCUCGUGGCCACCUCCAUGGGUUUUCUGAUCCGGUUCUUCGGGACUCAUCAAAUCACGCUCUUUGUUUCGUUUGGCGCGUCUUGUCUCGCUGCCGUGACAGCACUUCACAUCACCAUCCCAUCAUCACAACAAUCAUCAUCAUCGUCGUCAUCAUCAUCAUCAUCAUCAUCAUCACUCAGUACAAUUAACUCAAACACCGAUUUUGGCAUGUAAAACUUUUUACCACCAUCAGUAUUUUCAGACCUGUGUGUACUUUUUAAUCACUUUCACACCAUUGCGUAUUUAUAUUGCAAGACUGAUUUUGGAGUGGCAAAUUUUUUAGCACCAUCAGUAUUUUUCCAGUCCGCAUUAUUUUUAAUCAUUGGUUUUGCAGUAAUUAUACGUACGUAAAGCG